AUGAAACUAUUGACACACAAUUUCCUCUCGUCACGCUUUCUAAAAAACGUCUCAAGCGGCUACCCGUUGAUUCUACGAGCGGCUGUGAAGGAAGAACGAGAAGUCGACUUCGAGCCGGAAUUUGUUCAAAACAUUGUGCCAAAGCUCGAUUAUGGAGCGCUGGUUGCGGCUGCUGAUGCAAUCGGCGAGGAGGGUCUACCCAAAGAGCUCCCAGAAGGCUGGCAAGAAAAAGAAGAUGUGUUGAAAAAGCUUCACCACCUCCUCGUCCGAAUUGAGGUCAUCGAAGGGGAACUGGAGUGCCCGGAGAGCCAUCGCGUGUUCCCGAUCAAGGAUGGUAUCCCGAACAUGUUAUGCCAGGAGGACGAGUGC